UUCCAAGGCAGCAUCGUCGCGUUUCCCUUAGAUGGUAUUGGAGUUUCGCGUGCCCACUUCCCUGCCUGGAACAGCAUGAUAACAUCGUCCGACAACGAGGACCCUUUCCUCCAAGUUCAAGCAGAUGUCUUGUCUGCCUUGAACAACUCCCGACCGCUGUUUGCUUCCUAUCUCCGUAUCCGAUCAUCGGCUUCGUCUGCGAAUUCCCCGGAGCUCGGAGAAGCUCGCAGUGAGCUUGAACAGACGCUGCAGGAGCUUAACCAGGACCUAGAGGACUUGAUUGAGAGCGUCAAGGCCGUUGAGCAUGAUCCCUAUAAAUUUGGCCUCGAGAUAGACGAGGUGGAGCGGCGGCGCAAUCUUGUGAAGGAUGUAGGCGAGGAAGUAGACAACAUGCGCGAGGAGCUGCGGCGGACGGUGCAGGAUGCUCAAAAUAAGGGCAAAGGGGUUGCCAAUGGUGACAUGCUGCCUGACCCCGACUCAUUUGAAGAGGAAGAUGGCUACGCUCAGUUUGAGCAGGAGCGACAAAUGGAAAUGAUGCACGAGCAGGACGAGCAGCUCGAUGGCGUCUUCCGCACUGUGGGCAACCUACGGCAGCAGGCCAACGAUAUGGGGCGCGAGAUCGAGGAACAAGGCGAACUGCUGGACGACGUGGAUAAUGUGGCCGAUAGGGUAGGCGGCAAACUGCAGACUGGCAUCCAAAAGGUUGGUUGGGUCAUCAAGCAGAACGAAGAUCGCUGGUCCAGCUGCUGCAUCGCAGUCCUCAUCUUCGUCCUUAUCGUGCUUUUGGUCCUCCUGCUCGUCCUUUGA